UAGGAUCCGGAAGUUGCACUUCGGAGAUUACAAGAUUUUUCUGCAGCACAGCAGGCUUAGUACAAUGUCACAAGUGGAUAAUCCACAACGACCACCAAUGAUAGACUUCCAUGGAGUCUGUUUGAGCAAAUACUUCACAGAUAACUGGGACAAUGUAAAAAACUUUAACGCCAGACCAGAUGAUAUCCUCAUAGCAACAUACCCCAAAGCUGGAACAACUUGGGUGUCUUUUAUUAUUGAUCUCCUGUACUUUGAUCAAACGUGCCCUGAACGUCAGAUGACUGUGCCACUCACCCAAAGAGUGCCUUUUCUGGAAAUAGCACUUCCUUCCCAACCAUCAGGAAAGGAGUUGGCCGACAAGAUGAUCACUUCUCCCAGACUCAUUAAAUCUCACCUCCCCAUCCAGUUCAUACCCAAGUCUUUCUGGGAAAACAACUGCAGGAUAGUGUAUGUGGCCCGCAAUGCUAAAGACAGUGCUGUAUCUUAUUAUCAUUUCACAAGGAUGAAUUAUGUACAGCCUGAACCUGGAGACUGGGGAACAUAUUUAAAUAGCUUCAUGAAUGGAAAAGUGGUGUUUGGGUCCUGGUAUGACCAUGUCAACAACUGGUGGAAAAGGAAACAAACAUAUCCAAAAAUUCACUACAUGUUCUAUGAGGACUUGAUAGAGGACACAUCAAGAGAAAUACUGAGAGUCUGUGACUUUCUAGGCCUCUCUCCUUCAGCCGAGGAACUAGACAAAAUCAAGGUGACAACAAUGUUUGAUAAUAUGAAGCAAAACAAGAUGAUCAGUAUCACAUCUAAAAUGAUGGAUGAGGAGGUGUCUCCAUUCUUAAGAAAAGGGAAAGUUGGUGAUUGGAAGAACCAUUUUACUGUGGCCCAAAAUGAACAGUUUGAUGAAGACUACAAGCAAAAAAUGAAGGAUUCGCCAUUGUUUUUUAGGACUGAAGUUUAGCUUUGGCAUUAGCCAAGAUUGCACCUUGCACUUAUGAAAGUGGUGCUAGAUUUGGGUGUGUUUUAUUAUGCAUGCAUUGUGGAAUAAAUGUGAUUAUAUGAUGAAUAUAC